AUGUGGUCUUUGUUUUACGACGCUGGUCGCAGACAUGGGAUAUGUACAACAAACUUCUCUGAGACAUUUAACAAUGUUUUGAAAGGUGCUCGGUUCAUGCCAGUUAUGUCCCUUGUUGAGUUAACUUUCCACAGAGUUAACAGGUACUUCACCUUAAGAAGAGAAUCUGCUGAGUCCAGGGCAGAACAGGGACUUGCAUAUCCCCCAAAGGAUAGUCAUCGGAGUGCUGAAAUAUGGGAGCAGACGCAUUAUUUACGGUUUUUAAAUGAAUUACCAGGGGGACAUAGCGGAAAUGUUGGGGUGCAAGCACUUGAGCUAUUAGACCACGACUGGGAUGAGAUCCGUGGAUACAGUUGGGGUAGUGCUUGUUUGGCAGUCUUGUAUCGCCAUCUGUGUAGAGCAUCACAGCGUGGAGCACAGCUGAUCGGAGGUCCUUUGGUUGUGCUACAGCUAUGGGCUUGGGAGCACAUCCAUGUAGGGAGACCAGGUAGGCCUGUUGUACACCGUCCGAGGCAGCUGGACCAGGACGAUCAGUACGCAGCGUACGAUGCUCCCCCGCUCCCUGAACCCGAUCAGAUGACAUGGGAUCCCUAUUUUGUUGUGUUGGUAGAGGCCAUGCCGGAACACUUGCUCGAGCAUCGUGCUGAGUGGCUUGCCAGGACUCCCAUGAUCUGUUUCGAGGUCGUGGAGAGCCACCUACCGGACCGAGUGUUGCGACAGUUCGGACUUCACCAGCCUAUCCCCAUGGCCUGUGACACUAGUAUCCGUCUCCACGGCAUUGACCGUCGGGGAAAGUUGGGGACAAACUGGGCACAGGAGCAUCAUCAAUUCGUUGAGCUUUGGGACCAGUGGUUGGAGUCCGUCGUUGACGGUCACCUGUUUCAGGGUGUUAUGGAUCCGCGUGAUCCUUACAUGGUAUGGUACAGGCAGAUUACACGCCUUUUCAUCAACCCUACCUACACGCCACCAUCCACGCACUACCAUCCAGCUUAUGAUGUUAUCAGCGGACUUGCGGGGGAUAUGGGUGCGAUGGUUGAUGCACUUUCAGAUGCCUUAGCAGCUGUACCCGCUAGAGCCCAAGUCGAGCGGGUGCGAGAUAUGGGCAUACAUAGCUUGCAGAGAUAUGGCCAUGGCCAUCUCGUCCACCCCAGGGACGAUCAUGACCCCAACUCCUUCCAUUCACAGUUCGACUUCGGACAGAGCUGUGGUGCAGGUGGUUACCAUUUACAGUUCGACUUUGGACACAGCAGUGGUGGAGGUGAUACUUCGGGCUCUACACAGGCAGAGGAUUGCUUCAUCCAUAACACCGCUCCCGACCAUACCCAGGAUGACUCAUCGUCUAGCCAGCUGACUCCACCGUCCUGA